AUGCCUUUUGCAAAAGAUGUUCAGGCGCAGUUUAACAAAGAAUCGUCUUCUUUCUUCAUGAGUGUUGGCCUGGAAGUGAGCGCUAGGACUGGCUGGAAACCGGCACAAGACAGCAUCGCGAAAUGUUCCGCGCUCGCCCCUCAGGAAUUCGUGUUCGGUUCUCGAGCGGAACGUGUUACGCUCUCCAUUGUCGACUGCCACCAUUUCUUCAAUACAGAAUAUCGAGCGGGUGUUGUGCGACCGGUGGCGCUCUCUAUCGGCUGCGCGCGGAGUGUGACGCGGCGGUGA